GGGGAGGAGGAGUUGUUCGUUUCUGCAGCGGUGUUGAGAUUUGUGAGAUUCUCCAUCAGCGAGAUUGAAUUCAAAUUGCUUGAGGACCGGCCGUUCCGCUGGAUAGACUUGAGACGUUGUUCGCCUCGAAGAAAGAUUUGAAAGCGACGAGGACGUGAUGCUUUUACUUGGAGAUAGGUAACGAGACAAGUGGCUGCGAUCAGGGACCGCCUUGUGUCCGAGGAGUUCUCGCUCGUGUUUCAGAGAAUCUUAUCGGAUUUGAAUUCGAACGGUCACUGCAAUUUCUGUAUGCGGAGGGUCUUGUUGUGAGAGGACGAGGUGGCGGAGAGGGAGAGGGUUGUGUUUUGAAGCUGAUGUGGAGAUUGUCGAGAAUCUGGUCUCGAGUCUGGAGUCUAUGUUGGCCAAGAGUGUGCGUUAGUUCCUCGUAUCCCUCGUGGCUUCUCUCUUCUGGUUCCGGCGGUUUCUGCAACGACUGCAAAGCUUAAUUGGACUUGGGAGCUGUGUUCCAUGAAGAGUAUGAUCCCGGAGCAGAGAAUUCAGGGCGGUCACUACUCGAGAAUCCUUGAAGUUGUCGUCUUGGGUCGGCGCGAAGAGGGUCGUUUGUGCGGGAAGCUGAGAGCCUCUGCCUUCGAGCUUCGUUUGUGAGGAUAAAAGUGGGCGUGGACAUCAGGGAGUAGCGGUCAGAUAGGUAGCUGUGUGACCGUGUUUUCGGAGGAGAUCUGAUGGAGGAAACAAGGAACGCUGCUCGGUAUGAAUAUAGUGAUCAGUCUUCUAACCAAGAUGAUUCCAUGACAAUAGAGGGUGACAUCUCCACCGUGAGGCCCUUGCAAGCAUUGGAACGAAUAAUGCAAAGGCAUCCAAGUCUUUGGGAUCGUUCUUCAAUCGAUGGCCUUUUCCUGGAGUUAGAGGAGCUCGAGCUUGGAGAAGGUGUUCCAGACCGUAUUAGGGAUACAGCUCAGCACGUUCGGAAGGCAUUGUUGGAACCACUAGUGCGGCUGUCCUUGGCUCAGGAUAAAUUGAUACAAGAAGAGAAACAGAUGUCGAUGAAAAAGAAACAGCAGGCAUCACUGGCGAUGGUCAUACUUAUAGAGGAACGCAAUACGGCAAUACAACGAUUCCAGGAGGAGUUCAAACUCAGAGAGAAGCAGACCACCUUUUCAGAAACUCUUCUGAGGGAUGUUGACGAGAUGGUCAAGGCAUUAGAUCACAACAGACAGGCAGCAAAGCAAGCAAAACAGCUUCUAGCGGCCAAGGAAGCAGAAGUUCAGCGAUUGGUUGAUGAAAAACGUAUGCUGCUUAACUUGAUCAUGGAAGCUGGGCCGUGGGAAUUGUGGGAAUGGGUCAAGCAGGAGAUCGUAGCGCAAGGGUUGGAGCCAGGACCAAACUUUGAGAAAAAGUGGCUUGAAUGGGUAGCAGCCAACGAGAGGAUAAUAUCUGCGGAUCCAAAUGAUAUCGAAAACUCUCUGGCCACGUCAAUUCCCAAGACAGUCGAUGAGGUCGUCGACUCCAGCCUCUCAACAAAUUGGCUCAAAAACAUGGAUGAUGCACGAAAGAGGAGUCUUCUUUGGAUUAUUUUAUCUAUUGUGUUACAGGAAGGGAUGAGUAACCUCCGCUACGUCCUAGAGAAGGGACUCUUUUUUCUUCCUAUGGCCUGGUUUUACUUCUGGAUCGGGCUGUCAAGUCGCAUUACUAGGUGUGUCACCGGAGAUAUUAUAUCAAGAGUGAAGCGCUCGCCUUUGGCCUUCGCCUUUCACUUGAUUUAAAGAUCAAUUCUUCUUGAGUCGAUAUGCAGAGAUUUUUAGAUGACAUAUUGUCGCUUUCAGACCAGCUUGUACAUUUGUAAAAAGAUUGUAAUUUAAGGAAGUGUGGGAGUGUUAUCUC